AUGUCUUACCCUCAAACUGCUACACAUGCUGAAGCAGCAAAUACAUUCCCAAACCGCACCACAACAACUAUGUACACUCAGCAACAAGCUCGCACAACCCGGGAUUCUCAAGGUCAGCAAGCCACAUUUGCUCAGGCCAGCAGUGGCAUUGCCCACGCUGGAGACGGCGCCAUGAACGCAAUGGUGAAUCAAUUUGCUGGUUUAGCUAUUCCUGGCAGCAUGCCUAGUUCUACAGGUCCAAUGGCUACUAACCAACAUCAUUUGGGAACAGGCCAAGUCUACUUUCAAGUUACCCCUGAUGGCCUUGUAUAUGCACCAAGCAUGUUCCAGCCACAAUCGUUAGCCCCUCAGCAAAUAUCUGAGAAUGCAUACAACAUGAACUCCUUCCCUGGAGCACUACCCUAUCUUGCACAGGCAUCUUCGGUCUACCCUGGCUAUGUCCCAGGAUACCAACAAAAUAUUCCGUACACACCAAACGCCCGAUCUGCCUACUAUGCUGACAGAUCCGAUCAUUCUCACUCCACCAAGGAUGUUCCUGGUCUUGAAAAUCGCCGCGGCUCUUACUCCACUACCGAGUCUCUUCCUGGAACACCGUACUAUACCUCAUUCGCUAAUCGUGAAUCUGGUGCUCAUAUUGCUGCGAUUGACCGAUCUCCAUUCGGCUCUACCCCAUCUCCCCAGCAGCUUCCAGUUCCUCAUGCCCAAUCGCUCGUCAAGGCACUUCCUUAUCCAACACUUCCAAUCGGUGUCGACAUCCAAGCUCUUUUGAAGCAGUUUCCACCAAUUCCAAGAGCUGUCCCAGCGGUUUUUACUCCAACCGAGAAUAUGAGAACUUUGGACCAGAGCUUACACAAUCCCAUCAAGAACAAUCGCAAUGUCUACAUUCGUGGACUUCAUCCAAACACUGAUGACGAAACACUCGCACAAUAUGCUGCCCGCUUCGGUAAAGUCGAGACCUCUAAGGCAAUCAUUGACACAGCCACUGGUGCUUGCAAGGGGUUUGGUUUCGCUAAGUAUUUCGAUGUCCGCGAUUCCGAGAUGUGCAUUCGUGGUUUCUGGGAACUUGGUUACGAAGUUGGUUUUGCUAGAGAAUCUUUCAAUGCUCGUCUUAAAGCAGAGGGUGAUGAGGCAUCCACCAAUCUUUAUGUUUCCAAUUUGCCAAAGACCAUGACCGAAUCUGAACUUGGUGCUAUCUUCAUGGACUACAAGGUCAGCAGUAGCCGCAUUCUUCGCGAUUCCCAAAACCACAGCCGAGGCGUUGGAUUCGCUCGUUUCGAAAACCGUGAUGUCUGCGAGGAGAUCAUCAGAAAGUUCCACGGUCAGCCCAUCGGCGAAGAAGGUCUCUUACUUCAAGUUCGUUACGCCGACACUCCCGCACAAAAGGAUUUAAAGCGAAUCACCACUGAACGUCGUCAAUUCCGCACCAAUGAGUACAACGUUGGAGCUUAUGGCGCCCCAGCUGCCGACAUGAUCGCAUUGGCUUCUCCCCCAAUGCCAUCUCCAAUUCUUCCUCGGGCUUCUCAGAUUGCUCGUCACCUUCCUGGCUCCAGAUCCAGCGGAUCUUGGAAGAGAGAUGGUGUUCUAAGUCCUGCUGGACGUGUCACAGGUUUCAAGGACUUGGACCGAUCGGUUGUCAAAGUUUCCUUGACUGAAGCCUCUCCCAAGAAGCCUUUGACCCAUACCGUUAUCACAAGCGUCACUCCAACCGUUUCCGAGAGUGGCUCCGCUGACGAUGGAGUCACAAUUCACGAUUCCCCAGUUGUCGUACACAGCUCAUCCAUUGCACAUAGUGCUUCCAUCACCUCUCCAUCUACUCGCAAGUAG